GCUGGAAGCACUCGAUUACGCCGAGGCGAGACUCCCGCGUGGAGCGUGAUGCCCGCUCCCUCCAUCCAUCACUCCCCAAUUGGCCAGCUAUCGCAUUGAUACGGCGGCGACAACGCUUGCAACACUGAGAACAGUAGAUCUACGACAAGGAUGCUGACGGCCCACCACCAAAUGUAUCACCAACACCGCCACUCGAGCACAGGCUCGUCCAGUGGAACAACCUCCACCGCUGGCCGCAAGCGCGCGGUACCAACAACGCUACCCCCACUCGCAGCUCUCCUCGAGCAGCUCUCGCUGCGCGUCUCGGCCGUGCGCCUCAGCAAGCGCGACGUGCGCUACGAACUGCACGUGGAGCACGCCGCCUCGCAGACCCGCUGGCGCAAGGCGCGCUCCUUCGACGAGUACAAGUCUUUCCAGUCGCAGCUGCUGGCUGCGCUGCGCCUGGGUCACUUCUGCCAGGCUGAAUGCCCAUGGCUAUAUACGUUUGUCAAGAGCUACUUCCCGGGAUCCGCGUCGCUUUUCGGCUUCGGUGGUCACAGCGACUGCGCCGUGGAGAAGCGUCGCGACGCACUGGAGCACGUGCUGACGUCGCUGCAGAAGUUCGUAGUGAACCGACAGAACGCGGCAUCGUGCUCCAUUGUGGCCAGCAGCAUAACGCAGCUGGUGGCGGAUUUCAUCCUGGGUGACGUGAGUGAGAAGCGUCACCCGCUGAACGGACUGUGCAGCAGCAGUAACAGCAGCUUCAACCUCGGAAGUUUGCGUGACAGUGUGUGUUCGUCCAUGUCGUUGACGUCGGACGAGGGCGAUGAGCUAGCGGAUGAAGCGGAGGAUGCAGCGGGUGUGUGCACGUUGUGCAGCUCGAGUCUGGACGGCGAGGCGUUUGGUGCGUCGACUUUUUCAGAGACGGACAGCAGCUCAUCGAGCCACCGUAGCAGCGUGCUGAGCUACACGACCUCGCUGUCGUGCGGCCACCAAUUUCACGACGAGUGCAUUGUGCCGAAACUGAACGAGGAGAUGCGAUGCCCAACAUGUCAAGCAGAGGUUGACUCAUUCUAAAGCAGACUCCGAUCUGGAAUACUGUUCUUAGAUAUUUAUUCAUGCACAGCGCAUGGCGAACUUGUAAGCGCUUCAACGAGGUUAACAAGAUACUUAUGUAUGAGAUUUGGAAUUUAGUUUUGAGUUUUGAAUCGGUUUAAAGAAGUAAGAGUGUGCUAUUGCAUCGACGUUUCCUGCCGCUGUAGUUACGCCCACGUUCACGAGACCCAUUUUGAAGUACUAGUAUUAUCAAGAA